AAACAACAUAUACGAGUCACUGAGUCAGCAUCACUUUCACCGGUAAGUUGGUUGAUUCCUCAGCCGCUUCUCUCUUCGUUUCGAUGUUUUCAAGGAAACUCACUUUAACCCCAUCAUCAACAUAACUCAGCUAACAACAACAGCUACUUCCCCAAGAACCCAUAGCCUGAAUUCCUCCCAUUAGUCAUUUCCUCCCUCAAAACAAGGAACCCAAUUCUCUUUUUCCAGCAAUGGCUCAUAUUCUCCAAACUUCUUUCCUUCCCUUCACUUCCUCCCUUCGCAGGACACCCGUUUCGGGUCCCAAAGGGAAGCCCCAAGCCCUUCAAGUUAAGGCGAAGAUCCGAGAGAUUUUCAUGCCGGCAUUGAGCUCAACGAUGACGGAAGGUAAGAUCGUUUCGUGGACCAAGUCCGAAGGAGAGAAGCUCUCGAAAGGAGAGAGUGUCGUGGUUGUGGAAUCUGACAAGGCUGACAUGGACGUCGAGAGUUUCCAUGAUGGGUUCCUCGCAGCCAUCAUGGUGGAGGAAGGCGGCGUCGCUCCCGUCGGCUCUGCCAUCGCCCUCCUGGCUGAGACUGAAGAUGAGAUCGCUGAAGCUAAAGCCAAAUCACAAUCUUCCUCCAGCAGCAGUGCUCAGGUUCUAGAGGAGAAACCACAGGAGAAGGAAGAGGUGGCGCCGGCAGUUCCGGCGGCUGCUCCUGUGGCUCCCGCAGUUUGGAGCCCAAAGGCUGUAGCUGUGGGGUCCGCGGUGCAUCCCGCGUCUGAGGGGGGUAAAAGGAUAGUGGCGUCACCAUAUGCGAAAAAAUUGGCAAAGGAAUUGAAGGUGGAUUUGGUGGCAUUGGUGGGGACUGGACCAAUGGGGAGGAUUGUGGCUAAGGACGUCGAGGCUGCGGCGGCAGCAGGUGUGGUGGCUGCUUCUGAGUCGGCCCCACUGCCUGCUUCUCCGGAAAAGGCAGCUCCAGUGGCUCCUGAGAUUGAAUUGGGGACGGUGGUUCCUUUUACUACAAUGCAGGGUGCUGUCAGUAGGAAUAUGGUUGAGAGUUUGUCUGUGCCUACUUUCAGAGUUGGGUACACCAUCACCACAAAUGCACUUGAUGCCUUGUACAAGAAGAUCAAGUCCAAGGGGGUAACAAUGACAGCAUUGCUUGCAAAGGCAACAGCACUAGCAUUGGUUCAACAUCCUGUAGUUAAUUCCUGCUGUAGGGAUGGCAACAGCUUUACAUUUAAUAGUAGCAUCAAUAUUGCUGUUGCUGUAGCUAUAGAUGGUGGUUUGAUUACACCAGUUCUGCAGGAUGCUGAUAAGGUUGACAUUUAUACAUUGUCAAGAAAGUGGAAGGAGUUGGUUGAUAAGGCCAGGGCCAAGCAACUGCAACCUCAUGAAUAUAAUACAGGUACUUUCACCUUGUCUAACCUUGGGAUGUUUGGUGUGGACCGAUUUGAUGCCAUUCUGCCACCUGGAACUGGAGCAAUUAUGGCUGUUGGAGCUUCUCUGCCUACUGUUGUUGCUAGCAAGGAUGGCCGUAUUGGCAUGCAGAACCAGAUGCAGGUAAAUGUUACAGCAGAUCAUCGUGUCAUCUAUGGUGCUGAUCUAGCUUCAUUCUUGCAAACCCUUGCCAAGAUUAUUGAGGAUCCCAAAGAUCUUACCUUCUAGUCCAAACGUCCCUCUUGUGCAAUGAGGUCCCCAUGGCCAUACUAUUGUUAGAUUAUUGUCUUGUAGCAAGCUCCCAAGGUUCAUAUUUUUCAAAUCUUCUAUACAUGAGAUACAAAAUUAGUGGCCAAUGACAAUCCGUUUGGGUUUCAUUGGAGAACAGGAAGAGAAUUUCCAAGAGCAACGGUUAUUUCAAUUUAUUCGGGUUCUAUUUUCUUUUAGUUGAGCCUUUUUAUUAUUACUAUUAAUUUGUUAACUUGACUGUUUCCAUGAACCAUGUUCAUCAACAUGCUGUCAACUAAAUUUUGGCUGUUUUAAUCAUUGUUGUAUCAAUAAAGUUCUCUUGUUUGAUUUCUA